CUGAACCUCAAUUAAGCACUUAAAUAAGUGUCUCCUCCAUCAAGCCAUGGCUUCACCUGUUCAAGAAAGUGAUAUUGACUUAGAGAAAGGUUCAAUGAUAACAACCCAAAAUGGUCAGGGUGGGCAAUUACCAACCCCGGCUCCCUCAUCAUCUGCCCCUGCCUUGGUCCUUUCAAACUCCGGGAAACGAAUUGACCAAGCAGGGAAAAAGAAGUACGUGAAACAAGUGACAGGCAGACUCAAUGACACAGAGCUUCAUUUAGCCGCUCAAAAGGGCGAUCUUGCAGCCGUGAAGCAAAUUUUUGAUGAUAUUGGUUCUCAAAUGGUUGGAAUGUUUAGUGAGGCCGAGCUGGAGAAAGAGGUGGCAGAGAUUACGGCUUCUGUGAUAAAUGAGGUCAAUGAGUUAGGAGAGACAGCACUGUUUACAGCAGCUGAUAAGGGGCAUCUUGAUGUGGUAAAAGAAUUGUUGAAGCAUUCGAACAAGGAAACCCUCACUAAAAAGAACAGGUCGCUAUUUGAUCCUUUGCAUAUUGCUGCAAGUCAAGGACACCAUGCCAUUGUGCAAGUAUUGUUAGACCACGAUCCUGAACUAAGCAAAACAAUUGGGCCUUCAAAUGCAACACCCCUCAUUACAGCAGCAUCAAGAGGACACACGUCUGUGGUCAAUGAAUUGCUCGUAAAGGACUCGACAUUGGUUGAAAUUUCAAGAUCCAACGGGAAGAACGCAUUGCAUUUAGCUGCCAGGCAAGGGCAUGUAGAUAUUGUGAAGGCAUUGCUUGAAAAAGAUCCACAACUUGCAAGAAGGACGGAUAAGAAAGGACAGACGGCUUUGCAAAUGGCGGUGAAAGGGGUUAAUUGUGAGGUUGUGAAAUUGCUUCUCAAUGCUGAUGCUGCAAUUGUUAUGUUGCCUGAUAAGAAAGGGAAUACUGCUUUACAUGUAGCAACCCGGAAAAAGCGCGUGGAGAUAGUGAACGAGAUGCUGCGCCUUCCUGACAUGAAUGUCAAUGCUCUGACCAGAGACCACAAAACAGCGCUCGACAUCGCAGAAGACCUCCCCCUCUCAGAAGAAUCCUCAGAAAUAAAGGAGAGCCUCUGCCGUUAUGGUGCGGUCAGAGCCAAUGAGUUGAACCAACCAAGAGACGAGCUAAGGAACACGGUCACCCAGAUUAAGAAAGAUAUUCACACCCAGCUAGAACAAACCAAGAGGACCAACAAGAACGUCCACGGCAUUGCCAAGGAGCUCCGGAAGCUCCACCGUGAGGGGAUAAACAAUGCCACAAACUCGGUCACCGUGGUGGCUGUCCUCUUCGCGACGGUGGCCUUCGCCGCCAUCUUCACUGUCCCCGGCGGCGAUGACGACAAUGGGAUGGCCGUCGCCGUGGCCCAUGCCUCCUUCCAGAUCUUCUUCAUCUUCAAUGCCGUAGCCCUCUUCACAUCCCUUGCGGUGGUGGUGGUUCAGAUCACGCUGGUUAGGGGGGAGACGAAGGCAGAGAGAAGGGUGGUGGAGAUCAUCAACAAGUUGAUGUGGCUAGCUUCCGUGUGUACCUCCGUGGCGUUCAUGGCUUCUUCUUACAUUGUGGUGGGGAGGAAGUAUGAGUGGGCUGCAGUGUUGGUUACUUGCGUGGGCGGGACCAUAAUGACGGGGGUGCUCGGGACAAUGACAUUUUAUGUGGUGAGGUCUAGAAAGAUUAGAUCAACAAGGAAGAGAGAGAGGAGCGGUUCAAACUCAUUUCUUCACUCUGAGUUGUCUAAUUCGGAUAUUGACCGGAUUUAUGCCAUCUAAGAGUAAUGAGACUACUUGGUGACUGUUUAGAAUAAGAAGUAUGUACCAAUUGGCCAGGGACGAAGGAUCAAAGGGCUUUCUUUUGGAAUCGUUCUGAUGAAUUAACCUUAACAUGUUUAGCCAGCCAUGCGUAGAUGAGAGAUAAUGGCUGUCUGCUGUCUCAUAUUUUUACUGCUCUGAAAUUUUCAAAAACCUACUGGAAUGCCUCCAUCAAGAGAAGGCAUGCAGAACUAUUGUUUUGUAACAUACUCCAUAUUAACUAUCAAGUUUCAAGCUCAGAGAUCAUGCAUGUUUAAUAAUUGGCAACUUGUGUGUUAAACCGAGAAUGAUAUUGUACAAUACUGAGAUGUCAGGUUUCUGCUAUUAGUUGCAAACUUGCAAAUGCUGGAAAGAGAACAUUCCUUAACGUGAAAAAUGAGAACGCUCCAAAAUGCACAUUUAUGUUUAAACUUUUGCACAGUUGAAA